AUGACUCUCUCCUUGUUCGACAUUCGCAAACAGCUUACCUUCUACGGUUCCUACCAUACCAAUCCAAUCAACAUCCUCGUUCACAUAUUCGGGGUCCCAGCUAUUCUGUGGAGUUCACUGUUGUUGGCUACUCGCAUCCAAACUCCCACAUUCUUGCCAGUGUUUCGCUAUACAUUCAAUGAGUACCUAUCAUUCGAUUUGAACACGUCCGCAGUGGUCGCUGCCAUAUAUCUUGGAUACUACAUCAUCCUUGAACCGUUUGCUGCGUUGUUGUACGCGCCGCAAAUAGUAUUGUUAUUGCUGACAGCAACAGCUCACGCGCACCGUCCUGAUGGCAUUCGAGACGCAAUCAUUGUUCAAGUCAUUUCAUGGAUUGCACAGUUCCUUGGACAUGGACUUGCCGAGGGUCGUGCUCCAGCCCUUCUAGACAACAUUGUUGGUGCCCUUGUACUCGCUCCGUUCUUUGUGCACUUGGAAUUGAUGUUCAUGCUUGGAUAUCGUCCCGCCCUACACAAGCAGCUGCAAAACGAUAUAGGCAUUGAGAUCGCCAAGAUGAGAAAGGCACAAGGCGAUAAGAGACGCCUUGCAGAAAAGAAGGCCAGUUAA